AUGCUCAAGACUCGAUACUUUGUGAGUGAUGAUGCCAUUGCGUUUUCCCCAUCAUCCCAGCCACCACCCUAUGAAAAACCAUUUGAUCCGGCGCCGAAACGUAAACUGGCCUUUGUCGUUUGUCUGAUCGUGGUUGUGGCUGUCUUCCUCACGAUAAUCGUUUUCUUGACGUAUCAACUUUUAUCAACAAAAAGCAGCAUGAAAGAAGAGAUUGGGUCAACGACACUGGAGACAACAAAAAUUAUAUCAACUUUUCCAGCUGUAGACACGACCAAACCAGGUGCGACAGCUUCUACAACGACAACGCUCGAUUGGAUGCAUUGGGAUCACACGAUUCAAUCCGUGAGUGCCGAGGGCCAACUGUUGUGUGGGGGAAAGCCGUCAGCUGGAACGACCGUGAAGCUCUUCGAACACGACACUUUGACUCCAGAUGAUCAACUUGACCAAAGCUCGACCAAUCAAACUGGCCAUUUUCGUCUUAAGGGAAUUUCACAAGAAGGAGGCGGUGAAAGGAUGCAAGCGAAGAUCUACAUCUAUCAUCGAUGCAUGAUGGAGAUCACCUUGUGUUUGUAUAAGUCGAAGAUCUAUAUUCCCGAUCAAUUUGUCACUGUUCAAGGAGAGCCACCAAAGCUUUACCAAACUGGCACUGUCGACCUCGCGACAAUGGAGCGAUCAUGGACAUGUAUUCAC